AUGCCUGUUCGAACUCGAAGCGGCAUUGGACCCUUCCCUAAAGCUAUCGCCGAAAACAGUUCCGUGCCAUCUCUCGCUGCACCACGCGCGACUGAGGCUGUCGGUUGUGUCGCUAUAGGCAUCUGUGCUGCGACGACUUCACAAUUGGAGGCUGCUGUCGGCAUCGCAACCUUUGUUUUUGUUGUGAACGUUCAGCACACUUCGAAUUCUAUCUCGGCUGUCAGGACAGAAGCAGCCAGCAUGCGUAUACUCGCUUUCAGUGUCGGUGUCGGCCUUACCAGCCUACCCGCUGUCCAUGCUUGGGGAGCCGCCGGUCACGAAAUCGUUGCGACCAUAGCCCAGAUAUAUCUUCAUCCGUCCGUCCUUCCGGUUGUUUGUGACAUUCUCUAUCCCCCAGAGCCCGAUGCCGUGCCGGCUACCUCAGCACCCUCUUGUAACUUGGCUUCAACCGCGUCUUGGGCGGACCGUGUGCGCAGGACGCCGGAGUAUUCUCGUACCGGAACGCUACACUACAUCGGCGCUCACGAUGACGCACCAGGAGCGACCUGCGCGUUCCCGGGCCCGAAGGGCUGGAUCGGGAGGCAGGAUCAUAAUGUCCUCGGCGCCAUGCGCAAUGCUUCAACAAUUCUGCAGCAGUUCGUCGGUGAUGGCAGUUAUGGCAGAGCAGACGGAGAGGAGGCACUGAAGUUCCUCGUGCACUGGGUCGGAGACAUGCACAUGCCCCUGCACCUGACAGGCAAGGAGCGAGGUGGAAAUGGCGCGAAGGUCCUGUUCGAUGGUCGGCUUACGAAUUUGCACUCCGUCUGGGACACGCUUCUCAUCGCGUCGGCUCUGCGUACAAUCCCGCAGAACUACACGCGUCCGUUGCGGGGUUACGGCGCAUCCACUGUCGAGCGCAACCUCCGCGGUGCGAUCUAUGACCCUUACGUGCGCCGUAUUAUGCACGAAGGCUUCGGCGUCGGUGCUCCGACUCUCCACGAUGGCCGCUUUGGUGCCUACACCGAAUGGUUGACAUGUCCAGCUGUGCAGGACCCAUCCCCAGAGUCUUUCUUAGAGAAGGCGCAGGCGUUUUUCGGCCUGGGAGGCAGACGGCCGAAGAGACCGGACGAGGAGCGCUGGGAUGAUGGUGUUUUGUGCCCGUAUGCCUGGGCGGUGCCGAUUCACCAGCUGAAUUGUGAGAUUCCUAUCUGGCCGAAGGAGCUUGAGACAGUUGCGCAACGCGUGUCUCCCAAAGGUGCCGUCACCGGUGCCGUCGGUCGGCGGGAUGACGGAUACGACCACAUAGACUUGAGUACGCACCCCGACUUCGAUUCGAUUGCGUGGGGAGGGAAGCCACGCCCGCACCCUGGAAUGAUUGAGCUCGACACUCCCGAGUAUGCUGGCCAAGUGCGAGAGCGCUGGGUCAUUGAGCGUUUGCUCGCGAUGGCGGGCAUCCGUCUCGCAGCCAUCCUCAACGGGCUUUUCGCGGGGGAGGCGAACGCGACGCCGUUGAUGGAAUUAUAUCUGUGA